AUGAGAAACCCUGGGCUCAUCACCCUGCUCUCUGCCCUGGCACUGGCUGGAGGAUCUGCUGGCAAUGACCCUGGAAAUGAUGGAUCAGGAGAUGGAUUGAUGGUAAUACCCACUUUUACAGCAACACACCUUCCUGCUAUGGGUCCUUCAACUGUGGAUGACCAUGAGCCAGUACUUGUAACUGCAAGCACUACUGAAAGCAGCUUUGAAAAACAGAGUUCUCCAAGUACUGAACUGAGUGCUGUGAAUGAUGAGGACAGCCUAGAAGCAGAACAGUCUAUCUUGAUAUAUGUUGUCCCUGUGGCGCUGCUGGUCCUUCUGAUUUUGUUGAUCACAUCUUUUGUAAUGCAUCAUAAAAGGAAAAAGUCCAAGCAAGAUGAGCUGGGAAGUGAAAAUGUAAAAAGCCCUAUUUUUGAAGAAGACACACCCUCUGUUAUGGAGAUAGAAAUGGAAGAGCUUGAUAAAUGGAUGAACAGCAUGAACAAAAAUGGUGACUGUGAAUAUUUGCCUACUGUAAGAGAAGAAGAAAAAGAAUCAAUCACCAACCCAAGUGAUGGUGAAUCAUGAAGUCCUCAGGACAGCAAAGAACUGGCUAAAGGGAUGCAGCACACAAACUCAUCAUCCCCCAGAUAUUGGAAGAAUUGCAUUUAAAUAUAAUUCAUCUCAAAAGACCAGAGAAGCAAAUAUUUUUGUUGUGUCCUGAUUCAUAUGGUCUUCAGAAAGGAAACAUCACCAAGGGAAAAGAAGAAAAGAAA